UCCAAGUAGUGUCGUCCCACUCUCGUUGUCGUCGUAGGACACUUACAUCGUGAGUGAUUUUUGCUGUGGCCUCCCUCGGACGUGUCAUACAAGAAUAUCUAACCAUGACUUCAACAAAUAUGUUCCAGGGACUGGAAAAUGAUGGCAAACCGAGCUCUCGGGGGCUCCGACCCCCCGGAGGGGCCUCCAGCGACUUGUUUGGUCAGUGCGAGGAUGUUUCGCCGGCGAGGCGACCUCACAAAAUGAGCUCCACCAUAUUCUCUCCUCCUGAGCAGCCGCAGGAGAGCCCCAAGAGGAGCAAUCCGCCGGGGGGCAAGAGCAGCGUGGUCUUUGGUGCGGCCCCCUCACAGGCCCCCGGCGUCCAGCAGAAAGCCGCUCCCUCCGCCGGGGUGAGCAGCAACAUUUUCGGAGACGGAGAAAGCGAUCUGCCGGCACCCCGCAGUCACCCCAAUAAACCGAAGGACAACAUCGGUAUUCACGGUACGCCAAGACCUGAAGCUCCGGAGCCGAAGGUUGCAAGCCCCGAGAAGGAGACCACUUCCACCCCUCCGGCAGCCGACGGGGGCGUCUCUACUCCCCCUCCCAAGCAGGAGGCGUACUCCCCGUCCCACGGACCCAGCGUGGAGGACCACGAGCCCCGACUGGGGCCCCGGCCUCGGUCCCACAACAAGGUCAUCCAGCCCCCCGGAGGAAAGUCGAGCGUGGUCUUCUACUGACGGCGCUCCGGCCCUUACCGGCUCUCUCUCUCAACGGCUCCGACUUUUGACCUUUCUACCACUGCCCCCGUCCUCCCUCUCCGUCUGUAGACAAAGGAAGCUCUGUCAAAUUGACAAAACGGUAUCGUCAUAGCACGGUUAUGCUUCGUUGUGCAAAAAAAAAAGGGAUCUUCGAUAUUCAUACCAAUCCGAGGUUCUUUUCCGGCUCAAAACCUAUGUGCGCGUAACAUUCCCGGUCUUGAGUUUUAUUCUCGCGAAAGAAUUCAAUUCUAGAAAACUAUUCUGGAAAGCACAACGGGAAAAGGUAUUAAUCACGUACGUACGUCUGCGACCUAUAACUGUGAUCGAGGCUUAGGCUGAGCAUUUUGCGCCCGGCUGCACAAAAACCAGUGAGCGGCUUGCUUCUCGCAUCGACGUGACGUUGGAAGUCUGAGCGGGCUCACGGCCGGCUUCAGUGAACACGCGCGGUACGUUCGCUCCUCCGCGGUAGAGCAUUGUGGCGCUGAUGCUAGACCAGAGGUCUCCAACCCUGGUCCUGGAGAGCUACUGGCUCUGCUGGUUUUCGCUGUUACUCUGCACUUCAUUAAUCAAUUAGAGCAGACGAUUACACGGCUAACUCACCUCACCUGGUUACCCGGGACUCGACAGGGUGCUGAUUUUAAGGUGAAAACAAAAACCAGCAGACCCAGUAGCUCUCCAGGACCAGGGUUGGUGACCUCUGUGCUGGACUGUAGGUUCUCUCCUCCAGACUAAUCAUGGCCGAGUGCCUCCAUCUUCAGAUUUGCACCUCUUGUUCACACAAUGCUGAAGAAUGUGUAAGGACUGCAUUGUGCCAGCAGUAUCUCAUUUUGUAUGAUGCCUCUUCAUCUCAUGAUUUCUGUGGUGUCGUCUGAGCAUUUCUCUGCCUUGUUCUCUUCUUACGAAACAAUGUAUAUUUCAGGGAUAGUAGCGAAAUCAGUCUAAAACCCACUAUAAUAUAGUGCUUUGUUUUUUUUUUUGCAUCUCAUUUUAUAUACAGAAGUAAGUGAUUGUCGAUGCGGGUAUUGUGUUUUUAUUAUGUCCAUCGCUUGUUCUGUGCGAGAAUGUGGUAUUUAAAUGCUGGAGAGGCGUUUUAUGUUUUAAAUUAAAACAGCAGGGCGAAUGCGAGCGCCGUCUGAAAUGUACCCGGAGCGAAGGGGGCGGUUCCUCGCCCGUCUCCUCCCACUAUCAUUCCCCGAGUGUUCCCACUAUCAUUCCCAGAGUGUUCCCACUAUCAUUCCCCAAGUGUCUGCCAUCAGCCCGUGCCAGCCUUCCUCUGUGGGCUUUCUUUCCAUGUUAGCAUGUCUAGCGGGAGUUCACUACAGUGCAGCGCAUAGGGAAGACCUGUGUAAUAAAAUUAAAACCGUUGUAUUUUGAUGA